AGGAAACAAGCGGCGUCCGCACCAUAUGAUUGGAAGUUACACAAUGACGUCGACGGAAGUGUUUUCGGCCGCUAGCGCGGGAAGACUCACGGACGCUGUUGAGGACACGGAGUUAAGCAGACAGGGGUCGAGCCAGCUGCCAGAAUUAUUAUUACUACUACUGGAGUUUUAGAUAUUCAUUCACUUGGAAUUAUUAGAAUAAAGAAGAGUCAUGCAAGCAUUUUUGAAAGGAGCAACAGUUCAGGCAGCCAGGCCUCAGAAAGAUAAGGCAGUGGCUGGACCCAGUGCAGAGAAGAAAGCCAAGGCUGUUCCUUGGGUAGAAAAGUACAGGCCGAAGUGUGUUGAUGAGGUGGCCUUUCAGGAGGAGGUUGUAGCAGUGUUGAAGAAGUCUCUGGAGGGAGCAGAUCUUCCCAACUUGCUCUUCUAUGGCCCUCCUGGAACAGGAAAGACCUCUACCAUCUUAGCUGCUGCCAGAGAACUUUAUGGUCCACAACUGUACAGGCAGAGGGUGCUGGAGCUCAAUGCCUCAGAUGAAAGAGGCAUCCAGGUCGUCAGAGAUAAAGUCAAAAACUUUGCUCAGCUCACUGUUGCCGGGACACGCCCAGACGGGAAGUCGUGUCCUCCUUUUAAGAUCAUCAUACUGGAUGAGGCCGAUUCCAUGACAGCGCCAGCUCAAGCUGCUCUCAGACGGACCAUGGAGAAGGAGUCUCGCACAACUCGGUUUUGUCUCAUCUGUAACUAUAUAAGCAGUAUAGCAGCAUUGGUGCGGGUGUCUGAAGGCGAUCUGCGGAAAGCAAUCACAUUUUUGCAAAGUGCUGCACGCCUCAAUGUCGACAAGGAAAUCACUGAUUGUGCUGUCAUUGAAAUAGCAGGGGUUGUACCUGACAAGAUGAUUGACAACCUGCUCCAAAUCUGCUUCAGAGGAACAUUUGAGAAACUGGAGGUAGCAGUCAGGAACAUGGUGGAUGAAGGCUACGCAGCCACACAGAUCUUGACACAGCUUCAUGAGUGUGUCAUAGAGCAGGACCUGAGUGACAAGCAGAAGUCGACUAUCACAGAGAAGAUGGCAGUAAUCGGCAACACAGGGGCACCACAAAUGACCGUCAUCUCCCCCUUCCUCUUCACCCUCUACACCACAGACUUGAGACACUGCACAUGGACCUGCCAUCUUCAGAAGUUUUCUGAUGGCUCUGCGGUGUUUGGAAGCAUCAGCAAGGGUGAUGAAACAAACUCGCUGAUGGAAGCUGGAAAAUUUAAAUUCUGCACCUACAGAGAGGAUAAACUCCAGGACGCCUAA